AGAGCCAACAGCUUCCUGGAGGAGAUCCGGCAGGGCACGAUCGAGCGGGAGUGCAUGGAGGAGCUCUGCAGCUAUGAGGAGGUCAAGGAGGUGUUCGAGGACAAGGAGAAGACGAUGGAGUUCUGGAAGGGCUACACCAACUCCGUGUACUCCGUCAGGGACCCCCGGCCGGGCUCGGAGCGCUCCGACGCCGUGUACGUGCUGGUGCCUCUCUUGGGAGCGGCUCUCCUCAUCGUCGUCGCCCUGUUCGGCGUGUGGAGGUGCCAGCUGCAGAAGGCCGCCCGCCAGCGCCCGUCCUACGCCCAGCCGCGCUGCCCGCCCAGCCGUGCCGGCCGCAGCCUGCCGCGCCUGGCGCCGCCCCGCCGGCGCUCGCACAGCCAGCCCGAGCCCGGGGGCAGGCCCGGGGGCGCCCCCCAGCCGCACCUCACGCUCUGCCCCCCGCGGCACUCGCUCUCCGUCCUCUCCAGACUGUCGGGUGCCACCCCUCCGCCGUCCUACGAGGAGGCGACGGGGCAGCCCGAGAGCGGCGGCCAGGAGGCCUACAGCGACCCGCCGCCCAAGUACGAGGAGAUCGUGGCUGGUGGCCCUGCCAUGGGCAAAUAG